AUGCUGCAGCACAGUAUAAAUACCUGGCCACACACACCAGCUGAAUCCAUCAGUUCUCCACCGUCCUCUUGCAGAGCACACACAGAGCUGAAGACGAUGGCGAACAAACACUUGUCCCUCUCGCUCUUCCUCGUCCUCCUUGGCCUGUCGGCCAGCUUGGCCUCCGGGCAAGUCCUGUUUCAGGGUUUCAACUGGGAGUCGUGGAAGCACAAUGGCGGGUGGUACAACUUCCUGAUGGGCAAGGUGGACGACAUCGCCGCCGCCGGCAUCACGCACGUCUGGCUCCCUCCGGCGUCGCAGUCCGUCGCUGAGCAAGGCUACAUGCCGGGCCGGCUCUACGACCUGGACGCCUCCAAGUACGGCAACAAGGCGCAGCUCAAGUCCCUCAUCGGGGCGCUCCACGGCAAGGGCGUCAAGGCCAUCGCCGACAUCGUCAUCAACCACCGCACGGCGGAGCACAAGGACGGCCGGGGCAUCUACUGCAUCUUCGAAGGCGGCACCCCUGACGCCCGCCUCGACUGGGGCCCCCACAUGAUCUGCCGUGACGACCGGCCCUACGCCGACGGCACCGGCAACCCGGACACCGGCGCCGACUUCGGGGCCGCCCCCGACAUCGACCACCUCAACCCGCGCGUCCAGAAGGAGCUCGUCGAGUGGCUCAACUGGCUCAAGACCGACAUCGGCUUCGACGGAUGGCGCUUCGACUUCGCCAAGGGCUACUCCGCGGACGUCGCCAAGAUUUACAUCGACCGCUCGGAGCCCGGCUUCGCCGUGGCCGAGAUAUGGACGUCGCUGGCGUACGGCGGUGACGGCAAGCCCAACCUGAACCAGGACCAGCACCGGCAGGAGCUGGUGAACUGGGUGGACAAGGUCGGCGGCAAAGGCCCCGCUACCACGUUCGACUUCACCACCAAGGGCAUCCUGAACGUCGCCGUGGAGGGCGAGCUGUGGCGGCUGCGCGGCACCGACGGCAAGGCGCCAGGCAUGAUCGGGUGGUGGCCAGCCAAGGCGGUGACCUUCGUGGACAACCACGACACCGGAUCCACGCAGCACAUGUGGCCCUUCCCUUCUGACAGGGUCAUGCAGGGAUAUGCCUACAUCCUCACGCACCCAGGGACCCCAUGCAUCUUCUACGAUCAUUUCUUCGAUUGGGGCCUUAAGGAGGAGAUCGAUCGCCUGGUGUCAAUCAGGACCCGGCAUGGGAUACACAGUGAGAGCAAGCUGCAAAUCAUAGAGGCCGACGCCGACCUUUAUCUCGCCGAGAUCGACGGCAAGGUCAUCGUCAAGCUCGGGCCAAGAUACGAUGUGGGGCACCUCAUUCCGGGAGGCUUCAAGGUGGGCGCGCACGGCAAUGACUAUGCCGUAUGGGAGAAAAUAUGA